AUGAUGGCGCCAACGUGUCUUCUCCUGCUUCUGCUGUUCCUGGGACACUCCCAAGCCGCUAAAGUUACAGUCAAGCCCGCUGAGCGCACAACAGCGGGAUUGGUCUUUCCAAUUGAAGCUGAUUUCGCCAUCAAGGAUAUCGUUUCUGUACCUGCGCCAACGGGUGAAGCGGCGAAAACGGAGCCCCUCGUUAAAUUCCCUAGCGAGCAAACAUGCAUAGACGCCUUUACACCGCCAUGCUCUGACAUUGUGUCAGGCACUUCAAAGCUCAACGUCACGAUUGACCUCAAAUCGGAGCAGGUGACACUUAUGCUCGAAGGUGCUAAAGGGGAACAAGUACAAGCCGUCUUCGUUCCAGGUUCCGCGGCCGGUUGGAUGACGCCCGCCUCGGCCCUGAUUUUUGCCAGUUUGGCCCUCCUCUUCUUCCUGCAUUAG